AUGGAGAACCUAUUCUCUUUCGCUCCAUCGGGCAUGCCCGACGAACUCGUUGUAUCGACCCCUGAAGCCGUCGAAGAUGUCCUUAAAGGGCAGUUCAAUAACUUCCCAAAGGGAUCGUACAUGUGCGAGAAUCUAAAAGAUCUACUGGGCGACGGUAUCUUCGCUGCCGAUGGGGAGAAGUGGGUGCACCAACGCAAGACGGCGAGUAACCUUUUCACUAUGAGAGCACUAAGAGACACCAUGACAGCCACGAUCCAACGUCACGCUGUUGUAUUGUUCGAAAUCUUGCAACGUGCAAGUGACAGUGGAAAGACACUGGACUUGUUCCGACUCCUCAACCGGUUUACGUUCGAGGCAUUUGCCGAGAUCGGUUUUGGAGUUCGAAUGGGUUGUCUGGAUUCAGAUGAGGAACAUCCGUUCCAAAAGGCGUUCGACCAUGCACAACGAGCGCUGCUGUUGCGCUUUGUGCGUCCGGGUUGGUUCUGGAAAACGCAACGGUGGUUGGGUGUGGGUGAGGAAGGCAAGCUAAAAACGACAUUGAGGUGGUCAAUUCCACCGUUCUGGGUAUCGUCGAGAAGGCUCUAG